AGCGCAUUCACAGGUAUGGAAAUUCGUAAUUUUAUUAGUAAUCGCGUUGUAUUACGGAUAAAACAAUAGCUUUAAGCUGCUUGUAAAUAGAGGCUGUAAAUAUAGCAGAUAAAGAUGAGUUUGGGUGCGCGCGCCACCAAGGGUGGUGCGAAGAAGGACGGGAAACAGGACAAAGGCAAGGCCGCAGAAAAGCCUCAGCCUAAGGAAAAAACAAAACCACAGGCAACCACAGAACAACUUCGUAUGGCAAAUAUGAUCGACUGCAAAAGCGAAGAUCCGUCUGACGUACGAAGAAUGGUUACCGAACUAAUGGAUAUGACUCGACGUACCGAAGAGGAGGUUUGUUCAGCACUACAUGACACCAACAACGACAUGGCCGCCGCUUGCAACCUCCUGUACGAGGAGAGUCAGCGGAUACAGGGCGAAUGGCAAACCAGCGAGAAAAAGAAGAAAAAGCCGGCCGCCGCCGCCGGCAACGGAGACGUGGAGGCGCCGCGAGACGCCGCCCGCAGCCGCUCCGGCCCGCGCACACGACGCGGCGAGGGCGAGGGCGGGGCGGCGCGCGGGCGCGGCGCGGGGCGCGGGCGGGGCGGCGCGCGCGGCGGGCGCGGCGCGGGGCGGGGCGCGCGGCGGGGGGCGCCGGCCCGCGCGCACGCGCCGCGCAACGACGCCGACUGGCCGCACGCGCCCGACACCGGUGGCAACCUCGACUCAUUUCCUACCACAGAAGACUGGGACAAUGAGGAAUGGUCUGGCUCUCUUUCAGACACUAAGGUGUUCACGCCGAGCGUGAACACGCAGAGCGCUGGCAGCGAUGCGGACGGCACGGCUGCACAGCCGCCCGCCACAGAGGACUGGGAGUGUCCUGCCGAGACGAACGGGCCGCGGGAGGCACACAUCCCAACUUACACGUACCACAACACACAGCAGCACAUCCCGCAAUUGAGCGCUAGCAGCGCGCCGCCGCCCAAGAGCGAGCCCGACUCCUACCACGCGCAGCACCACCAGCCGAUGGGUAUGUCUGGCAGCCUCAGCGCGGCGCAGUCGCAGUACUUGUCGCAGCUCACGCAGCAGGCGCAGAGGCACGACGCCAGUGUUUACACGAGUAACUACGGCGUGUACGGCGACAUGUCCACACAGCGCAAGACGCAGCGAGUGCGAGUACCGCCGCCAUCUAAGAUCCCGUCGUCGGCGGUGGAGAUGCCGGGCGGGCCGGAGAGCGGCGGCGGCAUGUUCCUGGACGUGCAGUUCGGCGCGCUGGAGUCGGACGCGCUGCACGACGCGCCCGCCGCCAGCCCGCACGCCGCGCCGCCCGCGCCGCCCGCGCCCGCGCCCGCGCCGCCCGCCGCGCCGCCUGCGCCGCCCAAGCAGGUAACACAAGCAGAAACACAGCCAGUGUCAUCGAGUCACGAAACGACGACAGAGGCACCUAGCAACAGUUACCCCAACACAAACAGUAUGCUAAGUGAAAGCUUAUCGGUAGCAGAAACGACGCCCGUGAGUCAACCCGUCACGACAGAAUCUGCAGUCACAAACAGUACAUCCCUAGACAAGCUGUCGGCGUCGAUGAAGCAACUGGGCGUGUCGGGCGCGGCGAGUGCGGCGGACACAGCCCCGCCGCAGCCGCACCACCACUACGCGCACCACAGGCCUAAGACGGUGGGACAGCAAAACGUGUACGCCCAUCAUGCAGUGUCGCAUCAUCCGCCCGUGUACGGAGCUAAUGUUUACGCGCAACAGGUGAAUUCCACUAACGCCUCGCUGACGGGUGCGUCCCUGGCGAGUGCAUACCCCUCCAGCGUCACGCUCACACAGUACCAGCCCAUCAUCAACUCGUACCAGCAAACGCCCGCGUCGUCGGCGGUGUCGGGCGUGUCGGCGGCGUACGGCGGCAGCGCGCUGUACACGGCGGCGCCGUACUCCGCGCACCCCGCGCCCUACCACCACCCGCCCAAGCACCACAAGGACGCGCAGCCGCAGUACGACAGCUCGGUGGCGUCCAGCAACAGCCUGACGAGCACGUCCACCACGCAGACGUCCACGGCCAAAGUCACGACGACGACGGUGAGCGGCGCGGUGAACUCGGGCGCCGUGUCGUCGGCGGGCAGCACGGCGGGCGCCACGGGCGUCGGCGCGGGCGCUACGGGCGCGGCCGGCUACGCGGGCGGCGCGCUCUACGGCGGCGCCUACGCCUACGACGAGCAGCUCAUGAGGAGUGGCCUGCCGCAUCACAUGGGUGGAUACUAUGAAGUUGGUUACGGCGCGAGGGAAGGCACAUUCGGAUUAGGGGCUGGCGAGAGGUUCGGCAGAACGGACGCAGCGUCGCCUCAACAGGUCCCUGCCGCGUUACCACCAGGCUAUGCAUACUUCUACCAACCACCACCUACAACGUACCAAUAUGGUGUCUAUCCCACGUACGGCGGUGGUUCGAGCGUAGGUGGUGUAGGUGGAGUGGGAGGAGUCGGUGGAGUGGGAGGAGUUGGAGGAGUGGGUGUGUCCGGCGGUGGUAAAGUGUCGGCGUACUCGCAACAGCAGCAGCCGCCCUACGACGCGCAAGACACUUACAAACCUGGUGGUCCCUACACUGGGAGCGCUAGCAAGUCAGCCGCCGGAGCGACUGCGGAGUUGACCAGCGCCAUGUACGGGAAAGCGCAUGUCGCGCUCAACAAGGUCAAUAGCUACGAGAAGGCCGGCUUCCACAGCGGCACCCCGCCCCCCUUCGGCGCCGGCUCGCACCUGUACAUCCCCGCGCCGCCCCACCACCACCCGCACCACCACGCGCCGCAGCAGCACCAGAUGGAUGGUCGGGUGAACAGUAGUCAUAAUAGGCGGGAGAGCGCGUCGGCGGGCCGCUCGGGCGCCGCCAAGCCGGCCGCCAGCAAGCCCACCUACUCGCAGUCCUACUGGGCGCCCAACUAGCUCACCUGGCUCUCAAUACACAAGAUAAACACGUGUACAUAGAAGGCGACCGCUCCCCUCCCGACUCACGCACUCCGGACACGCCGGCCGCGCCGGUCUCUCCGGACGCGCCGGCCGCUCCGGAGACGCCGGACCCGGGACGCGUCGCCGGCGUACGCGCACUGUCAUGUGUAACGUUUAAUCAUGUCAUUUGUUGCGUUGUCGUCGCGUGCACACGAGAAACACUUGUUGAUAUAUAUUUGCAGAUUUUAAGCUUCGAAUUACGCGCUCACACGUAUCCGAUCGCUUCUAGACGAUCGACUCGUCGAGGUGACUCCCGCGGCCUUCCUGCGCGUUUCUAAUGUGUCAAUUUGUAUGGAAAUAUUUAAAAGUAAAAUAAUUGAUAGUGUAUAGUGUCGAUUUGUAAAUGCUCUCCUAAAAUAAAAUGUAAAAGUAACGCGAAGCGAAUGCCGCGUGUGCUCGCGUGUGCUCUCGUGUGCUUGCGUGUGCUCGCGUGUGCUCUCGUGUGCUCGCGUGUGCUCGCGUGUGCUCGUGUGGGCGCGGCGCGACGCGUGGCGAGUACGCAACCGGCCCUCUUCAUUUUGUUAUGUGCGUGAUAUAUUAUAUAUACAUUAUUACUACAUAAAACAGACAGUACGUGUAUCUAUUUAAACGUGUAACUGAUAUUGUAAAAUAAAAUGAAAGGUAAUUGAAUGAAAAGGUAAUCUAUGUUAAUAAAAUGUUUCUUUUGAAAUUCCUAGUGUAUUUAAGCUUCGGGACGCAGCGUUUUUUAGUAAUAACAUUAUGAAAAUACAGCGUUUUAACGCGAGAUUAGGUUAGUUAGCUAUUAUUCGGGUUAUUUUUACGGCGAGCACACACUAUGGGGCCAAUUUGUACGUCUCGUGUUCCUGUCCUCUGCGCUCACAGUGUGUCCGCGCCUCUCGUGCCGCCGCGUCCCGAUGCGUCUCAUUUAUGCGUAAGUCCGCUCCGUUAGGUUACAUUUUUUUUAAAAAUAAAUUAACAGUAGUGCUACAUUUAUCUUUAUAUAUAAAAUAUGUAUAUGUAUGUAAGCGUUUGGUGCGCUAUGCGCGCCGAAACUUUUGUAUUUAGUUGUCAUACUUUUUGUAAUUACAUAUUAUUAUUAAAAAAAUAAAUAAAUGGACGUUGUAGUUGGUAAUGUAACAAUCGUAUUAUAAUAGUCGAGGUCUUUUUUAUUGUGAAAGAAUGUCGAGAUGAUCUCGCAGGCAUUUGAAACUAUGAGGGAAUACACAUAUUGGAACAUGA